UUGAAAAAAGUACUAGGACCGUUUCACUCUCACAGCCACCUCUCUCUCUCUCUCUCUCUCUCUCUCUCUCUCUCGCUCACUCGCUCGCUCUCUCUGCGGAUUUCGACGUGCCUUUGCAGAUCUUUCUUCAGUUCGGAUUAAACGAGGGUAAUUUCUUCUCUAAGAUCUGCAAUGUGCACUAAGUCGGUUUUCUCAUUGAUCUCGUCGAUACGGUGUCUGAAUCGAUUCUCUGUUUUCUACAGUUCGAAGAUCAGUACACUGGUGAUUUUUUCCUUCCAAAAGACAGCUUUGGCUGCUAUUUAGGGAUGUAUAUGAUGGUUUGCGGAACCUAUUCUGGAGAAAGUUGCAUCCAAGUGGGAAUUAGCUUUUCUGGCAUUGACUUCUGGUUAAGGAACGAUGGCAAGUGACAGUACAAAAGGUGUUAGAAGAGUUGAAGUUCCUGUAAAUGCUCCUCCAGAUGGAGGCAGUGACAGUUUCCAGAAAAUACGCCCCAUGCAUGGGCGGACUAGUGGCCCUACAAGGCGCUCUACGAAAGGGCAAUGGACACCUGAAGAGGACGAGUUAUUGCGCAGGGCUGUCCAGCGUUACAAAGGAAGGAAUUGGAAAAAAAUAGCGGAAUGUUUCAAAGAUCGUACGGAUGUUCAAUGCCUGCAUAGAUGGCAGAAGGUUCUAAAUCCAGAACUUGUUAAAGGUCCAUGGUCAAAAGAGGAAGAUGAUAUAAUAGUAGAAUUGGUAAAUAAAUUUGGGGCAAAGAAGUGGUCUAUCAUUGCGCAAGCAUUGCCUGGACGUAUUGGAAAGCAAUGUCGUGAAAGGUGGCAUAACCAUCUGAAUCCUGCUAUAAACAAGGAUGCAUGGACCCAAGAAGAAGAAUUAACUUUGAUUCAGGCUCAUCAAAUUUAUGGGAACAAAUGGGCAGAGCUAACAAAGUUCUUGCCUGGGAGGACAGACAAUGCAAUAAAAAAUCACUGGAACAGCUCUGUAAAAAAGAAGUUGGACUCAUACUUGGCAUCAGGUUUGCUUGCACAGUUUCAAGGUCUGCCUCAUGUGCGAAACCCAACUACUCGAUGCAUGCCUUCAUCCUCUAUUACGGUACAACACAGUAGUGGAGAUAAUAAUGUUCUCAAAGAUGGGGCAGAAGCAGGGGAAUUAUCAGAAUGUAGUCAAGGUUCAGCUGCUAUUGGUUGCUCCCAGUCUGGGUCUGACAUGGUUAACACGGUUCCGGUGCAUGUACAAGAGAAACUUAAAUCGUCGGAGGAAGCUAAUCAAAGAGAAGGUCAAAGCUCUAAUUCAUCAUGUACUGGACAAUAUUAUGCAUCUCUGAGAGAAGCCCCAGAAAUACUUAAUAGUGUAGUUGUUUCUGUCAAGUCCCCUGAGGGAAAUGUACUACAGGAAGAUGAUGAAACUACUGGUAAUAACGGUUUUAAGUUUGAAUCAGAUGAACUACCUGUUUCCUUGGUGGAAGUAAUACAGGAACCAUCAGAGUUGUUUGAAACAUCGGGGCACUGUACAAGUGGUGUGGAUGAAAACAACUCCAUGGAGUUCAAUUCUUCAAUUUCAAUGGAAAAUAUAAUUGUUGAUAAUGAUAAACAGAACUUGUCAAUCACAGAAGGUGAUUUUGGUGGGGUUUCAUUCUCAGAAGCAGGAAUGCAUGGAUGCUUUUCUUUGGAAAACCCCAUCAAUCAGAACAUUAUUGAUCUGGAUGGAUGCACUGAUUCAUUUCUUUGUCAUUCUGACAUUCAGACCUCUGAAACUGUAGGGAAUUUAGUUUCACACUCUUAUUAUCCACUAGGAUCUUCUCCUAUGUUGGGAACCACUUGCUGCCAAACUUUGUUGUCUGGUCCUUCAUUACAUUGCCCUGCAGAUAAUGAACUUGUAUAUGGUGGAGAAUGUGAUGAAGUAAGAGACAUGUUGCGUGGAACUCAGGAUUCAGAGCUUGUUACAAAUUCAUGCCCUUGCUUUAUCUGCCCUGAUGAAUCUACUAGGUUUCCUUAUGAUGGUGAUUUGGAUAAAGUUUGCCAGCCUGUGGAGACUGAUCAGGCAAAGGAAGCAUCAGAAUCACUUGCUGUGGAUAUUUUUGGUUCAUUGGCCUCAGAUACAAUUGGCAACCUUCCUUGCAUGGAUGAAAACACAAUUAUGGUUACAGAACAUCAGGAUUCAGAAUCUCUUUUUUAUGAGCCUCCACGUUUUCCAAGCUUGGAUAUUCCUUUUGUUAGCUGUGAUCUCAUCCCAUCUGGAAGUGAUACGCAUCAAGCAUAUAGUCCCCUUGGGAUCCGCCAACUGAUGAUGUCUUCCAUGAACUGUUCUACCCCAUAUAGUUUUUGGGAUUCACCAACCCAUGAUGAUAGUCCUGAUGGUGUUCUGAAAAGUGCUGCCAAAAGCUUCCUGUGCACACCAUCCAUUUUAAAGAAAAGGCAGCGUGACCUGUUAUCUCCUUUGCAGGAACGGAAGAGUGACAAAAAAUUGGAAAGGGAUGCAAGUCAGGGUUUAUUCUGUACUACUCUUAGAGACUUGUCUUGUUUGGAUGUUAUGUUUGAUGAUUGUGGGGGCUGCAAGACUUCUUCCUUAUCUUCUAUUGAGGGGACUAUCUUGUCUCCAUCAUGUUGCAAGAAAAAAGGGUCUAUUGCCUCCAAUGAAGAUAAAGAAAAUUUGAACCCAGCUUUUGAAGUGCAAAAAGAUGGGCCUGCAUUGCCAGACAACAGGAUUUCAGAGGCAGAGUUUGAUAACGGUAGUUGUCAGGAUAAGAUAAAAGAAGUAAAUCCAGACAUGGUUAAGGCUGAUGCCAAUGAAAAAAUCCAGACACAACCUUCUGGAGUAUUUGUAGAACAAAAUGUCAGUGAUCUGGUGUUCUUUUCUCCUGAUCGAGAUGCAUUCCCAAGAAAGAGAGCCUUGAGUGCUGUCCAAACUCCCAGAAAUCAAUACUCUAGAAACUCUGAGGCUAUGUUAAACCAAACAGGUAGCUCAAAGUCUUCAUCAAGGAGUAGAUGCAUUUCCUUACUGAUCUCUCCUGCUGUUUGUGAAAAGAGGCAUGGAAACAAUUCAGUUCCAGAUGCAUCUCUUCAAAGUGGUUCUUCACCAAAUCCAGUUGAAGUUACAUUUGAGAGUGCUGACGGUGCUGAUAUUGAAAGUUUUAUCAUGGAGAUACAUUCUGACUUACAAAGUACAAACAUUCAUAGGUUCGGUGAUACCCCUGCUAUGAAAAGAGGGAUAGAAUCUCCAUCGUCCUGGAAAUCUCCUUGGUUCAUGAACUCUUUCUUGCCUGGACCACGUAUUGAUACAGACAUAACGAUUGAGGACAUAGGAUUUUUAUUGAGCCCUGGGGAUAGAAGCUAUGAUGCCAUAGGGUUGAUGAGACAGUUGAGUGAGCAUACUGCAGCUGCAUUGGCUGAGGCACAGGAGGUUUUAGCAAGUGAAAAUACUGAAAUUUACUUAAAGGAGGAAAGGCAGAGUGACCAGAAUUUGGCUCAAGAGAGUUUCGUAGAUAAUGAGAAGGAAAUACACGUUUCUCUGUCUCCUGGUGUUCUGACUGAGAGGCGGGCUCUCGAUUUCAGUGGAUGCAUGACACCUCAGAAGGGAACAGAGAACAGGAAGCACAAGGGGGCUGCAUCUGCUGCAGUAAGCUUUUCCAGCCCGUCUUCCUAUCUGAUGAAAGGUUGCAGGUAGUUGGUUCAUGGCAAGUGCCCUGUGCUGCUGUAAUGUUCAUAAAUAUCUAUCUAUCUAUAUCUAUCUAUCUAUCUAUCUAUAUAUAUAUAUAUAUAUGUAGUAGCUUUUCCAGCCCAUCUAUCCUUUUUGCUUUUAUUUUUUCUUGUUUAUUGUCACAUUUCUGUAUCUGAUAAUGAGUGGUGUAACCGUUCAAAUUCUGGUUUAUAGUAAAACAAAUCUAAAUUCCUUCGCUA